AUGCAGGCUCCCGCCGAAGCACAGCUCCCGUCUUCUACAACGUCCGAGUCUAGCUCAACACUCGUCAUGACUACCGGGCCAUUGAAGCAAGCGGCCGAGUCCGCCCGAUCGAGGACUUCUGAGGUUAUGAAGAGCGAUACCGUUGCUCGCAUCUCCAAAUUCAUCCAUACCCCGUACAUGGUGGCGGCUCUCCCCUUCAUCAAUGGUGGACUUAGCGGCAUGGUGGCCACCUCGGUCGUUCAGCCCGUCGACAUGGUCAAGGUUCGCAUCCAGCUGGCGGGCGAAGGAACCGCAUCUGGCCCCAAGCCAAGCCCUAUUGCUGUCGCUCGUCAAAUUAUCGCCAGUGGCAAAUUUACCGACUUAUACACUGGGCUCUCGGCCGGUCUUUUGCGUCAAGCAGUCUAUACGACAGCUCGUCUUGGCUUUUUCGACACUUUCAUGGGAAAACUUGGCGCCCGAGCCAAGACCGAAGGCCGAACUGUUGGUUUUAAAGAGCGUGCUACUGCUGGUCUAACUGCCGGCGGUCUCGCUGCCAUGAUUGGUAACCCGGCAGACCUUGCCCUCAUUCGCAUGCAGAGCGAUGGCCUGAAGCCGCUUGCUGAGCGUAAAAACUACAAGUCUGUCAUCGAUGCUCUAUCGUCCAUCGCCAAGAGUGAAGGCGUCGGCGCGCUCUGGGCUGGCGCCGCCCCGACCGUCGCCCGAGCCAUGGCCCUCAACUUUGGCCAGCUCGCCUUCUUCAGCGAGGCCAAGGCUCAGCUGAAGCAGAAUACCGACCUUUCUCCCCGUAUCCAAACUCUCGCCGCGAGCGCCACGGCAGGAUUCUUUGCCUCAUUCUUCAGUCUCCCGUUUGAUUUUGUCAAGACGCGACUGCAGAAGCAGCAAAAAGGACCCGAUGGCAAGAUGCCUUACAAGGGGAUGGCUGAUUGCUUUACCAAGGUAGCCAAACAAGAAGGCCUCAUGCGAUUCUACCGUGGUUUUGGUACAUAUUAUGUCCGCAUUGCGCCCCAUGCCAUGGUGACUUUGAUCGUCGCCGACUACCUUGGUUGGCUCACGAAGCAUUAUGAGAGAAGCGCACGUGAUUUCGUGCUCAACCUUUACACGCUAAUAACUACUAAUGACGCAUUGCGUGGAGAGCUCCAGUUUGGACUGCUCACUCUUGCGCCAGACAUAUUCUGGCAGGAAACCAUUGUCUGCUGUCUGCACAAUCCCACACUGCUCGAAUAUGUAGAAAUGGUCGGAAGAAAGCGGCGAUCAAAUGCCGCUGGCGGCCCAGGAAGCAGCAACGCUGUUGGUGUCACAGGGGAUAUCUAUGGCGAGAUGCUCGCUGAAGCAGGUGUGCAGGGAUCUGCCUCUCGAGAUAGCAUCAAUGGCGAGUCUCCGAUGAAGCGGCGCCGUCCUGGCAGACAAAACGCUAGUCGAGAACCGAAAAAGGGGGGCGAGGCGACCGUGACACCGACACCGACAGCGACAGCGACCGCGGAGGAACUGUCCGGCGAAGACGAAGACGUUGAGUUUCUCGAUGUGCCUUUGCCACCCGCGCAGGUGCAAACUAUCGAACGAGAUUCGGAAAACGAUAGUGACGACGACGAAGAGGACAUGAUAUUCGAAGACGUUGAUCUCGCCGCUCCUCCGGAAAAGAGUACGGCUACUGCUUCGUCAGCUGUUGAGCCAGGAGCGCAAGAUCUCGAGCUCAACUUGACGUCCCAGCAGGCCGCAAACGUGUUGUUGAGACGCAACACCGAACGCCGGAAACCCAUCACAAAGGAAGAGCGAGAUCAGCGACUCGCCGUGCACAAGAUGCACCUACUCUGCCUGCUCUCGCACGUGGCGCGGCGAAACGAGUGGUGCAACGACGCCCAAGUGCAGGACACGCUGCGGGCACACGUGAGCGACCGGACGGCCGACUACUUGACGCCGGGGCCGCACCUCCCGCAGUUUGGCCAGUCCGAGAGCCUCAAGACGGGCCUCAAGCAGGCGGCCGACGCGUGGCGCGCCAAAUUUGAGGUGACGGAGCGGGGGCUGCGGCGCGCGCGCUGGGCCGAGGACGCGGCGCAGCUGGAGCAGUACCAGCUCCCCGACCACCUGGAGACGUGCACCGACCGACACGACUUUCGCCGUGCGGCGGAGACGCUGCAGGGCUCGCGCGAUGUCGGUGCCCAGCUGUACUGUGCGCUGCUGCGGAGCGUGGGCGUCACGGCCAGGCUCGUGUGCUCGCUCCAGCCGUUGGCAUUUGGCAACGGAGCGCCGACGCUGCCCAAGACGACACCGGGCAAGACUUUGACCAAAUCGCCGGACAAGAGGCUGGGCAAGACGCAGCGGGCUGAAGAGCUCCGUUCCCAGCUCGCGCAAUACAAGGAGAUGGCGGUGGCGACGGCUUCGACGACGAGCCCCGCCGGGCCUUCCGCGCGACGGCGGCUUGGGCACCCACACGCUGCGAAUCGCAAUUUCGAACCGAAGCCGUCACCAUCGCCUACGAAACCGCAGAAGAGCUUUGCGACACCGGUGCGGCUGCGCGAGUCUGCGUAUCCCGUCUACUGGGUGGAAGUGCUUGACACGGGUCAUCAAAAAUGGCAGCCGGCGGAUCCGGUAGUCACGCAUACAUUUUGGAGGCCGAAAUCUAUGGAGCCUCCAAUCACGGAUAAAGAAAACUGUAUGAGUUAUGUGGUCGCGUUUGACGAGGAUGGUACGGCACGAGAUGUGACAGUUCGAUACGCAAAGGCGUAUGCGGCCAAGACAAGACGUUUACGAGUUGACGGGACGGAUGACAAUGACUGGUGGCGGACGGCGAUGCGACCGUUCAGACGUCGACACCGGACAAACCUGGACCAGAUUGAAGAUAUAGAGCUGGCAGGUGUGGAAGUGCGAGAGCCCAUGCCUCGCAAUGUGCAAGAUUUCAAAAAUCACCCUGUAUUUGCGCUGCAGCGACACUUGCGGCGCCAUGAAGUGCUGGUGCCAACAGCGGUGCCGUCUGGUACGGUGAGCUCUGGUAACAAGGGCCCUUUGGAGAAGAUUUACCGGCGGCGGGAUGUUCGGGUUGCCAGGACCGCCGACAAGUGGUUCCGCAUGGGGCGCGAAGUACUGCCCAACGAGAUUCCUCCCAAGUGGCUGCCCAAGAGUAAGCGGACCAAGCCGAGACACGACCGGCUCGACGAUGACCAGCGCGCCGAGCAGGACGCGCAGGACGCGGCCGGGGUGCCCCUCUACACGGAGGACCAGACGGCGCUCUACGAAGCCGCGCCGGUGCGGAACGGCAAGGUGCCCAAGAACAAAUUUGGCAAUAUCGAGGUCUACGUGCCGAGCAUGGUGCCGCGCGGCGGUAUGCACGUCGAGCACGAGCUGGCGGCGCACGCGGCGCGGCUGCUGGGCAUCGACUACGCGCCGGCGCUGACGGGGUUUGCGUUUCAGGGCCGGCAGGGCACGGCGGUGCUCCGGGGCGUGGUGGUGGCGGCCGAGUACGGCGCCGCGGUGGAGGCGGUGCUCGCCGGGCUCGAGGACGCGGAGCAGCAGCGGGAGGAGGAGGGCCGGGCUUGGGCGGCGUUGCGGCUGUGGCGGCGGCUGCUGAUGGGGUUGCGGAUCCGCGAGCGGAUAUGGAGCGGCGUGGAUGAGGCGGAGAGACGAGCGGCGGAGGAGGAGACGGACCGGGUGUUAGAGGGGGAGGAUGCGGACAGGGUGCUAGAAGAGGCGGAUGCAGUGGAAGAGGAGGAUGCGGGGGAGAGUGAUGUGACGGAGGAGUACGACAUGAUUGUGGAUGGGGACGAUGCUGAGGAGUAUGGUGGUGGAUUUCUUGUAGACUAG